GCUCAUUCCACCUCACUCUGACGUGGAUUGGAUGUUCGAUCGCUUGGCUGCAACUCACCAACUCACCAGCUCACCACACCACAGACAGUCUCCAACUGCACCAGGAUGAGGCAUCAGCAGGAGUUUGGUGUGGUUGUGGCGCUGCUGGUCUUGGGUGUGGCAGUUGGCCUGGUGUGGGGCGCGGGGACCGCCGUGAUCAAGCAGGAUGAAGCUGGAGACUUGCAUGUGAACACGUCCAACCCCACACAGCGCGUGCUCCUCAACGGCCUGGACGUGCAGGCUGAGUUGAGCGAGAUGAAACAGUACCUGAGCAUGACCCGCCAGCUCUGGCGGGCAUUCUGCAGCGCCCACUCGCACUACCACAUCAUGGACACAACCAGCAUGGGCAGCGUCAGCCUCAACAUCUACCAAGGGGCUGACACACCUGCCUGGUGGAGCGCUGUGUGCACGCCCAACGGCAAGAUCUACGGCGUCCCGGCUUCGUCCACCUCCGUGCUGAUCAUUGAUGUCAACACCCUCACAGCAGACACCUCCUCCAUCACCGGACUCCCUCACACAGCGCGCAAGUGGGCGGGCGGGGCACUGGCUGCUGACGGCCUCAUCUACUGUGUGCCGCAGGACGAAGACUCAGUCCUCAUCAUCGACCCGUCAACAAACACCGUCGAUAUGACUUCUAUCGUCGGUUUAGGAACCGGUGGUGACAAGUGGGAGGGCGCCGUGCUCGCGCCCAACGGCAAGAUCUACGGCAUUCCCGACCGCUCCGACGCGGUCCUCAUUAUUGACCCGGCAACGCGAACAGCGGAUAUCACCACCAUGGUGGUUGCCCCUGAAGACAACAAGUGGUUUGGAGGUGUACUGGCCCUCAAUGGCAAAAUUUAUGCCGCGCCCGGACGCGCAUCAUCCGUGCUCAUCAUUGACCCAGCCACAAACACCGUCGACACCACCUCCAUUGCAACUACUGGCUUUGGGAGUGGCGACAAAUGGGCUGACAUUGUGCUUGUAGGCAAUGGAAAGUUGUACGCUGUGCCCGUUUCUGCUGAUGCUGUGCUUGUUAUCGAUCCUGAGACGAACGAUGCUGAUGCCGUCAAUAUUGACAACCUGGGCGAAACCAGCGCAUGGUUUACGGCCGUUGCGGGCAAUGAUGGUCUUGUGUAUGGAAUCCCCCUUGAAGGCGUCUCCAACUUCCUUUUGUUUGACACCAACACCAACUCCUCCGACGCCACGUCUGUGGCGCUUGACAGCACUGACUUCGAGUUGAGUGGCGCGGCCGCAGCCCCCGAUGGCCGCAUCUUUGCCCUCCCCAGUUCAUCGACGACCUCCCCUCCCAUCUCCUCCGUCCUCGUUCUCGAGCGCAUCUGCUGAUGCGCGCCGGCAUUGUUUUUGCUUGUGUGUGUGUGUGUGUGUGUGUGUGUGUGUGUGUGUGUGUGUGUGUGUGUGUGUGCGCAGCGUGUUGGCGUCUUCUUCGUUUACGCCUUUGAUUACCAACCCAUCGUUUCUGCUUGCAUACGUGCAGCGUGGGUGUUCACUUAGAAAACCUCACAGAACCAAACCUGCUGCCUGCUUUCUCUUUCUUUUUUGCUUGUGUUACACGGCGUCAAGUAAGCGCGCCUCUUGCCACCUUUCUCAUCCGUCAUUUGACACGUUGUUUGGUGGCUGUUCGUUUACAAUAACUCCGGUCCCCCUCCGUUACGUUCCAACAUCACAUGAAUGGCAUCAAUACAUGACUUGCGUUGACAACCGCUCAACCAAAC